GCUUCAGGACAUGCAAUGACCCAUCAGGUUUGAGCUGUGCCAGUAUCCUGAAGGUUGAGGGAUGCCUGCCUCAGUGUCCAAGUCACAUGGUUCUAGAUGAGGUCACUCACAGAUGUGUCUUUAUGGAGGACUGCAUUAAGCCUGCCGUUGUUCCUCCAUUCACGCCACCCAGUACUGCAAUAUCAUCAACAUCCUCCUCAGAGCAUUCCACCUUGAGUGGUGGAGCGGUUUCUAUAUCACUCACUUCUUCAACAGUAUCAGAGUCUAGCACCACUGCUUCUACACCUACAGCACACAUGCCAAGCACUGCAAAGCUUACAUCUUCUCCUAUCAGACCUGGAGUGAUGGAAACCAUUACCACAUUAACAACAUCCACUUCCUCCACAAGUCCGCUGGCUUCUACUGAGAGAACCACUAAAGCAUCAACCAUCACCCACAGUUCCACUUCCUCCACCACACUGCAAACUAGCCCAAUGUCUAUCUCAGAAACUCUCUCAGGCACCUCUACAACAAGCAAGCCAACAGAGUCUUUGACACUUUUCACACGUACCACAACUAUCCCCUCACCAUCUACUUUUAGUCCUACUCUGUCGUCUACCUCAAGUAAAGAGCCGAUCAGAGUAAGCACUCUACCUGUGCUUCCAGUCUCAACCAGCAUAAGCUCCACAGAAGCCACUUCCCCAACAGUCAAAGUGUCAUCUCCUCUCACCUAUACAUGUACUGAUAGUUUUGGAACCCCACGUACACUUAAGGAGGUUUGGAAAGCCUCGCUGGACGGCUGCUGCAUGUAUAAGUGUGAGAACGAAGGCAUAGUGCCGGUGGAGUAUAACUGCAGUAAUAUCCCUCAGCCAGUCUGCAUGCGUACAGGAGAGAUUACU